UGACGUCCCGGAAGUAAAACAGGUUUAGAUGACGUCAUGAAAGUUGCGCCAGUUGUCUAUGCUUUUCGUUUAGUUUAAAAUAUCAUUAUUAAUUUAGUUUAUAUAGAAUACAUAGCGUAUACACUGAGUAUACUGUAAGUCAUUUGGCCACAAGACCAUUGUCUCUUGAAUGUUUAGUAUCCAGAGAUUGCCUGUCAAUGGAAAGUGAAAAACACACGGAGUGGAGCUCGGCUUUAAAUGAAGACUUACUCCAGGAGCCCGUUUGUGCAGUGAUUCCACCGGACCCGUCCCCAUGGGGCCCUUCAUCCGGGCCCUGGUCCCCUGAGGGCAGCGUCCCAGCAGUAUUUAAUCAGUAUGCUGAAGCACUAAACUACAGCAGUUAUAUCCCCAGCAGAGAAACACAGAGCCAAACCGUACAGACGGAGGACUGCACAGAUGAAAGAUCUACAAACACAAAUGAGGACUGGGAAUCAGACAUGCGUGCUUUAGAAGACUGCAGUAUCGAGCUAAGGGAGCAGUAUGAGGCUCUUUUGAAACAGCAUGCAGCGGAGCAGGAGGAGCACAACCUCCAUGUCCGCAGUCUGGAAAAGACCAAAGAUGACAGAAAUCAUCAGUACCAGGGUUUUAUUGAAAAAAUUGAGUCUUUGCAAGUUAAAUUGGAGCUGAAUAGCGGCAAGACCACACGAAAAAACUUCAUGGUAAAACGGCAAGAGCUUACUGCAGAGAAAGAGCGAAUGGAAGAGGAGAAAACAAGACUGGCUCAGGAGCUGGAGGACACAGAAAAGAAACUCAAGAUGCUGAUUGAGGAACAGUGUCAAGAGAAGCUGUCCUGGGAGCAGGAAAUAGCUGACCUGAGGGUGGAAAUGGAGACACUCUGCAGACAGGCAGAGCAAGCCAGUCAGACCGUUCUUCAAGAUGAGAUAGCUGCUUUAGAGAUGCAGAAAGAGCUUAUGCUUUCUCAAGUGGAGGACUGGAUUGCAGAUGCUGAAAAAUAUCUAAACUUUCUCAGAUUGAAUCCUUCCCAGAACCACCCGCACCAGCGGCAGUGGGAGCAGAAUAUAGCGAUGGUCCGCAGCAGUCUGGUGGGAAUUAAGAAUAAGUUUAAUGAAAACCAUCAACUCCUGCAAAGAGGUGAACAGUUGGACGGUUUGCCUUCAGUCCCGCUCCCGUUACUUCCACCAGUGCCUACAUUGGAGAUGAUAAUGAGUCCACUUCAGAAUCCUGCAUCCCAUCCUGUUUUCAGUAGUGGUCCGCCGACUUCCACAACUUCUCCUCCCAUAGUUCCCACACAGCUCCACUCCUCGAUCACACCACCCCAAAGAGCCACACCACCACUUUCUGCCCCAUCUCCUCAAAACACACCAUACCUACCCAUCACUGUAGGUCCACAGUCCGCACACAUCCCAAGCAUUUAUGUUCCCUUGACAACUCACGCAUCUGCCCCUCAAAUACCCAUGCAAGCCAUCUGCCUGCCUCAAACCUCAUCCCAUGCACCUGUCACGCCAACCCCACAGACACAUGCAGGUGUUCCAGGUGUCUCCCAUGGACCGUCAGCUGCCUCAGUAGGCAGCUUUGUUGUAUUACCAAAUAAUCAUGGAGCCAGUUUUCAACCCCAAACUGCAGCGCGCCUUCCCCAAACAUUCAUGCCAUCCACAGCUACACGUAACUCCUCCCCCCAGCCCCUCCCCUCCAAUCCUGCGCCAGCAGGAAAACUGGACAAGUUACUGGAGAGACUGGGCUCACAUUUUCCACAAUGCACAAGAGAUCAGUUGACGCGUGUUCUACAGCAAAUUAAGAGUGAGCGCGGUACUAUGGCUGGCAUGUCGAUUGAUGAUCUUACUCAGCAGGUUGCACAGAGACUUGCGCAGAACCAAAAACCACCACCAGGACCUAUAGCACCUCCAACUGGAGCAAGAGCCUUUCCUGUUUCAGUUGGUCCGAUUCAGCGUCCUGUAGCCCAGCCGCCGCAUCCCAUGUUGCAUCAUUUCCGUCCCCCAGUGGCUCAGGUCUUCCACACAAGACCCCCACAGCCCUCUACCCGGAAAUUUUGUUUGAUGUGUCAGAAUUCUGUGGAUGCUGGAAGCCAGUACAACACCAACUGCUCCCAUACCAUUCACAAAGAAUGUGUUAGCGUUUGGCUCAAGACCAGCAAGAAUAACUCCUGUCCUUUCUGCCCAUCCAAAUGAGGUCUGACUUCAGGAGACAAAACACACUCAUAGCUGAGUCAAUACAUGCAAAAACAUUAAGUGGAAUGGUCAUAUAAACAGUUAUCAAGACACUUGUGAAUUAGAUUUUUGUUAUUCUUUGGUAAUUCUGGUUAAUGUAAAAGAUAUAUUGUUCAAUUCCUGGUCAGAGUUAAUUAUUAUUAUGAGGACAAUAUGUUGUUAUACUUAUUGAUGUUACUUUGCAGAUCAGUGGAAAAAAUACAAAGUGAAUUGUACUUUUCCGUAUUCAGUGUUAUUCCAAAGAUUUUCAAAUGUGCCCUGAAGUAUAAUCCUCAUUAUGUAUGCUUUUAUAAAUGUCAUGUAGCAUACAUACAGAUUCCAAAACAAAAUAAAAUGUUUCUUUUAAAACUUUUCCAAGUGAUACACAACUGUAUCUUACUGGUACCUAACUGUUGCAGACUGCAGUUAUAUUCAUUAUAUCUGUAUUUAAUUAAAUUAAGGAUCAGCAAAGGCCUUUAUGUGGAGAGCUUUAUACAUUAAAGAGGGAAAAAUAAAUUGACUUUUUGUAAUCAUU